AUGCACGGCUCGUUUCUCCUACUAGCUCAUCUGUCGUCGAUUAUUCUCGCCACUGUCUACAUCGAGAAAUGCGGCUUCUCGGCGAAAACGGCCAAACCCGAUGAGGACAUGGUGUUGUUCUACAAAUCGCUCGGCAUUCUGUGGACGGUCGACGUCAACGGCCAACUGUCGGGUCUCGAAGCGACAAUUCUAAUUGGCGAUUCAUUGAAUUUGACGUUCACUAAUAACAUCACCGAAUUGCCUUUGGCGAUCCCGAUUUUCGAUUUCAAUUUUAACUUCACUCUACUAGAAGACCGCGUGUUCCUUCGAAGCCCAUCAAAACGCUAUGUGCACAUGGGAGCCGUCAAGACAACCGAUCGCCUACAAAUUUCGGGAUUCGAUGCGAAUACGAGUUUUUCGUUAAAAUGCGAUUGUCGAGCCACCGACAUUCAAACAAUUGAUCGUCUCAUGAGAUCAUGCCUUCAAUUAACGAACUACACCAACGGCGAUGUUCUCAAAAUAUCGGGAGUUCUCGACGCCGGCAUGACGAUCGAGAUGAUCGGCUCGACGCCGCCGCCGCCGUCGUCGACGGCCUCGGAUUUUCACAUCGCAUUCGUGUUCGUCGGCAACACGACAACACUUCAUCUACGCAAUUAUUUCGACGAAUCGAAAGGCACGAUUCUCUCCUAUUCCUAUGCGUCGGGACAGGAAGACGGCAUCGAGCGAAUUGCGCGAAUCGUUGAAGCCGGCGUCGAUUUUCAUCUCAAAUUUCGAAAAUCCAAUAGACGCAUGGAAAUCUUCAACAAUGACCGACUCGUCUACAUUUAUCUGAUUCGAACAAAUUGGCCGAUCACCUCGAUUGUGAUAACAGGAACGGUGCGCAUCGACAAAUUCAUUCAGUAA